UUAUUGCGAAGGGUCUGAACCGGAUAAGCGGUGAUCAAUAUCCACAAACUGUAGCGAGUCUAAACGAAAUGCGACGUGGCUAAGCCAUUUUUGGAAGACAGAGGACAGAAAAACCAAUCUGAAGAACAAUUUAUUUAGUGUAAGAUAAAAGGAAGAGAUGUAUCUUCCAAAUUUGACCAUAUUGUAGACACGUAUGAACGGCGAAGGUAAACUUAGCGUCAACUGCUAGCAUUAACACUUUUGACAGUUGGGACAUUAGAAGAGGGUAAUGCACUAAGUCGAUCGACCAUGUCGGACAGCGCAACUAACGCAGCCGAGGUACCAGAUACCGACACACCUGAUGGCACCCCGCCAACCACACCCCUUGUAGCGACGGACGUGGCCCCCACGAGGAAAGCCAGGAGGAGGGCAGAAGCGGAGGAGACGGUGAAAGUAGAAGAGCAGCCUCCAAAGGUGCCCAGUGAGUCUACCGUCUCCCAAGGAGGGUGGGGUUACUGGGGAAACUGGGGGAAAUCCAUCCUGUCCACUGCAACAGCCACUGUGGCCACCGUGGGUCAGGGGUUGACCCAGGUCAUUGAGAAGGCCGAGACGUCGCUCGGCAUUCCGAGUCCGACCGAGAUGUCUGCUCACGCUGAGGAGGAGGAGAGAGAAGAAGGAGGGGAAACGCAGACUGAGACGGAGCGAGUGGCGGGAGAUGGCGCAUCGGCGGUAGAGAGCGCCAUGGGGAUGUUGACGUCGCUCAGCAGCGUCGUUCAGAGCACAGGCAAGACGGUCCUCAGCGGCGGUCUGGACGCUCUGGAGUUCAUCGGGAAAAAGACGAUGGACGUAAUCGCAGAGGGCGAUCCCGGCUUCAAGAAAACCAAAAGGCUCAUGAUCAGGAACUCUACUCUCUCGCAGGUGCUGAGGGAGGCGAAGGAGCGAGAGCUUCAGACGUCCAAAGAGGAGUCUUCAAACGUCGAGAAGAAAGCGGUGGCUCAUUACGGGAUGCUGUUUGACGAAUAUCAGGGUCUGUCGCACCUCGAGGCUCUGGAGAUGCUAUCUAGGGAGAGCGAGACAAAGGUGAAGUCGGUGCUGACGACACUGUCUGGAGACGAGUUGAGUCAGCUCAGAGAGGAACUGGAGCUCAUCAAGGAUUCCUUCUCUCUGAUGGAGUUUGAUGAGGAGGAAGGGGACGAGAAGAAAGACCAAGAUGGCUCAGAGUUUGAGACGGAGCUCACAGAAGCCUUGGAGGGUCUCAGUGUUUCUGCUACAGCCGGUAAACUCAGCAAGGCCUGUAAGGACGCUUGCGGUGUGAUCGUCGACCUAAACAAACCAGCGGAGGGCGACAGCAAGGAAGAUGCGAGGGCGACGCUCACUGUGGAGGAGGUGAACGCCGCGGCCAUCAGGAGCCUGGCCGAGCUGACGGCGCGAUCCAUCGAGCUUUUCCACAAGUUGGCCGAGAGAAUCCUCCUCUGCAACGACUCCGUAAAGGCGGACGCCUUGUCGCUGUUGACGGUCGUCCUGUGUAAAGAAGUAUCGCUGCUUUCCAAGAAGUUCACCGCCUGUUUGACAGCAGCCGGGUCAAACGAGAAGGGAGAGGUCCUCAACCCGCUUCUUACUGGGGUCUUCUUGGAGGCGUCCAACAGCGCCUCCUACAUCCAGGACGCCUUCCAGCUCCUGAUGCCCAUACUGGAGCUCUCUCACAUCCAGAGGAGAGCCGACACGUCAGAGCAGUGAGAAGCCACUUCCUCUCCAUGGUGCUCUUCCAUCAAACAGUAUUAACUAUUUUUAUAAGUAUUUAACUGCAGAAUAAUUCAUACCACUACUGCUGCUGCUUAUUUGUGAACAAUUAUUCAGUAGAAAGGCACAAUAAGCCUUGUGAGCAUCUAUAACAGGGAUGUCCAAACUUUUUCCACUGAGGCCUGCACACUAAAAAAAUUAUCAAAGCCAUUUGGAUACUUUUCAUUUUCAAAACCAAUACAGAAUAGAUUUUUUUUAAAACCUCUAGGACUCCCCUUAAGUUUGGUUGUGGGGACCUGGAAGGUUCUCAGUCUUAAAAAUGUAAAGAAUAAGUCAUAUAUUAGUGAAUUAUAUUUAUAUAGCACUUUUUCUCGAGUGACGCUAAGCACUUUACUUUGAGAAACCCAUUAUCUACAUGUAAGCUAUAUUUAUUGAUGUAUUUAAGGCUCCAAUUACUUCACAUCAAAUAUUACACUUAGAAAUUUUUUGGGGCAGAUGAAAUAUUGCAUAUUUUGGCCAUGUGUGGCGCUGGGAGAAAGGUGGGUGAAGCGUCUUGCCCAAGGACACAACGGCAGUGACUAGGAUGGUGGAAGCUGGAUUCGAACAAGAAACCCUCAAGUUUCUGGCAGGCCGCUCUACCAUCAGAGCGACACUUCCCAAUAUAUAUAUUGUUUUAUUCAACGCAAAAAUCUCUAGAUCAACUUUAGGUCGAUCUGUCUAUGAAAGUUAAAUUAUUUUUUAUGUUUUAUAUACUUUUUGUCAAAAGCCUGAUUUCAACGGAAAAAACACAAAACAUGCACUAUUUUCCCCUCCAAAAAAUUCAGAGUAGAAAAUAAUUGAAGCUUUAAAUAGGCCGAUAAUUCGUAACUGAUUAAUUUAAAUUCAAGAUUAGUUUUUGAGCAAUAACAGUUAUAAAAUUACUGGGGACCCAAAAGGGCCGCCGCGGUCACAAAAGUAAAAAAUAAGUCACUUUUUUUUCCUUAUUUUUUUACAUUGAAGGCUUCAGUCACUAGAUCAACUUCGGAUCUAUCCGUUGAUUGUUUGUUUUUUUGUUUUUGGCCCUUUUUGUAAAAAAAACAACAAUAAGUAAGUUUUUUAUAUGGCAAACACAAAAUGCAAUUUCCCCAAAAAAUAUUUCUAAGUGUAUUUUUUAUGUGAGGUAAUUGAUAAUAAUUCAUAACAUUCAUUGUUGUUGUUAUUAUUUGUAUUAUUAUAAUUAACAAUGACAGCUUUAAAGGAAAAGAAAACAGUCUUUAUGGCAGCUUUGUGUUACUGGAGUCAACAUUCAACUUU